CUUAAACUUCUUAAACUUAAACUCACUUUUUAUUGCUCCAAAGUUUCAAAACAACACGUAAAACAGAGAAAAGAGAAAGUGAUUCUUCUUCUUCUUCUUCUUCCUCUUCCAUGGCGGAUCUGUACGGAACCACAGUUACAUCUUCUUCUGUUCAAUCGGUUGCUCCGGAAUCCGAAGAUAUAUCUACUUUUCUUAACCAAUUCUUGCACCACAACUCUUCUUCUGCUUCUUUGUCUUCUUCUUGCAUGGCCUAUACAUCAAAAUACAUGUAUUCACAGCCAUCACAUGCACAAACACAAUCAAUGUUUUUGAAAGCUGCAGGAUCGGAGAACCGGUCCGAGUCGGAGUGCCGAGCAGUUAGAGAUGGAAACUCGGGUGUCGCUAUUGAACCUUCGUACGGUGUCGUUUUCUCAGAUCCUGGAGCUGACAUGAAAGAGAGUAACGAGAACACGUCGGAGAAUAAUCUCGGUUACUUCAGUUGCGACAGCGAGAAGGGUCCCGAGGGGUCUGAGGUGCCAGAAAAACCAGUCCCACCUCGUUCUUCAUCAAAGAGGAGCAGAGCUGCAGAGGUUCAUAAUAUGUCAGAGAAGAGGAGGAGGAGUAGGAUUAAUGAGAAAAUGAAAGCUUUGCAGAAUCUAAUUCCAAAUUCUAACAAGACUGAUAAGGCUUCUAUGCUAGAUGAAGCGAUUGAAUAUUUGAAGCAGCUUCAGCUUCAAGUACAGAUGUUAUCAAUGAGAAAUGGAUUGAGUUUGCACCCAAUGUGCUUACCAGGAGUACUGCAGCCAAUUCAGUUGCCUCAGCCAGUAAUGAGCUUUGACGAGAGAAAUGGAUGUCUGAAUUCGAGCAGAGGCAUGGGGACAUUUUUUGGGAACGAGGAAAGCUUGAGGCAAUCUGCUUCUAAUCUUCCCAACCAAUGCACUCUCCCCAAUCAGCCAUUUGUCAUACCUUCAGCAACAAACAUCACCAUUUCAGAAACCUCAAUUGGUUCAAUCAACCCGUUGUUACUUCAAUCCAAUCAAUCGAUUGAUGAAUCAGCUCAGGCUCACUAUACUACAUUAAAUCUUCCAUCUUCCCAGGAAAUCAGAAGUGAUGGCACACUUAAGCUACAAUCAGAUACCAGCCACACCGGAAAGAUCUCUUUGUUAGAUGUGCCUUAGCCAAGACUCUUAAGAGAUGCCCUCCACCUUAAACAUUUUCUUUUGGCAAAUACCAAAGAAACUGCAUAUGAUACUGAAAAUGGCUGACACCCAUGGGUUACUUUACAAGUUGUAACAACACAAUUGUGGGAUCCAAACUGUUGAUACCCCUUGUAUAAGCUUGGUUUUGAUCGUUUUGGAUUUUCUAUUUCCAUUUUUUUUUUUAACAUCAGGGUAUUGCUUGUCCUGGAGUCAUAGAACAAAACUACUUAUAUUUAUUCCUAACUUGUUUUUUACAA